GUCGUGAAGUUGUCUGACUUAGGCCGAUUUAGACGUUGGUGCAUCGCUUGAGUCCUGUUCCAUCGAGCAGCAUUUCACUAAUCUUAAGUAGGCUACAUUGAUUACAUCAGAAUGGCUCGUGAGUCAAGGUAUGCGCAUUAUAGGAAACGCUCGGCGUCUCGUGGACGGUCAGGUUCCCGAUCGAAGAGUCGGUCCCCCGAAAAACGGUCCUCCAAAAAAGAUGACCGAGACCGAAGCAGGAGGGACAGGUCACGGAGCCGCGACCGUCGGAGGUCCCGAUCCAGAGACCGAAAACGAGCCAGGCGCUCCCGAAGCAGAGACAGGAGGAGGUCCAGGAGCCGCGACAGAAAGAGGUCGUCCAGCAGGAGUCGAGCCCGCAGGUCCCGGUCCGGCAGCGCAGGAAAGAGCAAAAAAACGAACGAUGAAAAGCCUAAAAGCAAAGAGAAAGACAGUGUUGAUCCCCUAUCAGAGAAGAAAAAAGUGAAAGAGGAGAAAGAGGAUGAGAAGACGGAGGAUCAGCAAGACUUUGACCAGAACAAACUGGAGGAGGAGAUGAGGAAAAGGAAGGAGCGAGUGGAGAAGUGGAGGGAGGAGCAGAGGAAGAAAGCAAUUGAAAACAUUGGAGAGAUCAAGAAGGAGCUGGAGGAAAUGAAGCAGGGUAAAAAGUGGAGCUUGGAGGACGAUGAAGAUGAUGAUGAGGAAAACUCGGCGGUAAUGGAGGUAGAGGACGACGACAGUGCAGACGGGAAAGAAGAAGGAAAAGAAAAGGAGAUAGAGGAGGAAAAGAAGGAGGAUGGAGACCAGGAGAAGGAGACUCCCAUGGAGCAGCAGGCGGAGGAGGACGAAGUGGAUCCUUUGGAUGCUUACAUGGAGGAGGUGAAGCAGGAGGUGAAGAAGUUCAACAUGAGUGACAUGAAGGGAAAUGACAAAAAAGGGGCGAUGAUGGUAACUAAAGUUGUGACAGUCGUCAAAACCAAAAAAGGAGCCGGCACUCACAAGAAGAAGGGCGAGCUGAUGGAGAAUGACCAGGAUGCCAUGGAGUACUCAUCAGAGGAAGAGGAGGUGGACUUGCAGACUGCCCUGACAGGGUUUCAGACCAAACAGAGGAAGAUCCUGGAACCUGUCGACCACGCAAAGAUCCAGUAUGAGCCCUACCGCAAAAACUUCUAUGUGGAGGUUCCUGAGCUGGCAAAGAUGACAACAGAGGAAGUGAAUGCAUACAGGUUAGAACUGGAAGGCAUUAUGGUGAAAGGAAAAGGCUGUCCUAAACCCAUCAAGACCUGGGUGCAGUGCGGGGUGUCCAUGAAAAUCCUUUCCGCUCUGAAGAAGCAGGGCUACGAUAAACCCACCCCCAUCCAGGCUCAGGCCAUCCCCGCCAUCAUGUCGGGUCGAGACCUCAUUGGCAUCGCGAAGACGGGCAGCGGCAAAACCAUCGCGUUCCUGCUCCCAAUGUUCCGACACAUCAUGGACCAGAGGCCCCUGGAGGAGUCUGAGGGACCCAUCUCUGUGAUCAUGACGCCGACCAGAGAGCUGGCUCUGCAGAUCACAAAGGAAUGCAAGAAGUUCUCCAAAGCACUGGGACUCAGGGUGGUGUGUGUUUACGGGGGCACAGGCAUCAGUGAGCAGAUUGCUGAGCUGAAGAGAGGAGCUGAGAUCAUCGUGUGCACCCCAGGAAGAAUGAUUGACAUGUUGGGGGCCAACAGCGGUCGGGUUACCAACCUGCGCAGAGCGACCUAUGUGGUGUUGGACGAAGCUGACAGGAUGUUCGACAUGGGGUUUGAGCCCCAGGUGAUGCGUAUUGUGGACAAUGUACGUCCAGACCGGCAGACCGUCAUGUUCUCAGCGACCUUCCCCAGAGCCAUGGAGGCGCUGGCCCGCAGGAUCCUCUCCAAGCCCAUCGAGGUGCAGGUGGGCGGCCGCAGCGUCGUCUGCUCAGACGUGGAGCAACAUGUGCUCGUGAUUGAAGAGGAUCAGAAAUUCCUGAAGCUGCUGGAGAUUUUGGGCCACUACCAGGAGAAAGGAUCUGUCAUCAUCUUUGUGGACAAGCAGGAGCACGCCGACGGUUUGCUGAAAGACCUGAUGAAGGCCUCCUAUCCCUGCCUGUCUUUACAUGGAGGAAUCGAUCAGUACGACAGAGACAGCAUCAUCAACGACUUCAAGAACGGAGUUUGUCGCUUGAUGGUGGCCACGUCUGUGGCCGCCAGAGGCCUGGAUGUCAAGCAGCUGAUCCUGGUGGUCAACUACAACUGUCCCAACCACUACGAGGACUACGUCCACAGGGCGGGACGCACGGGCAGAGCCGGCAACAAAGGAUACGCCUACACAUUCAUCACAGAGGACCAGGUUCGCUAUGCCGGGGAUAUCAUCAAGGGCUUGGAGCUGUCAGGUGCUCCUGUCCCUCCGGAGCUGGAACAGCUUUGGGCCUCCUUCAAAGACCAGCAGAAAGCGGAGGGUAAGACCAUUAAGAGCAGCAGUGGCUUCUCAGGAAAAGGUUUCAAGUUUGAUGAAACCGAACACGCCUUAGCUAAUGAGAGGAAGAAGCUGCAGAAAGCAGCACUCGGACUGCAGGACUCUGAUGAUGAGGACGGAGCUCUGGAUAUCGAGGAGCAAAUUGAAAGCAUGUUUAACUCUAAGAAGAGGGUAAAGGAUCUGUCUGCACCCGGAGCAGCUGGUGGUGGUGGGGGGGUGGUUUCUUCGUCAGCAGCCUCUCCCGGCGGGUUCGGUAUGACGCCUACGUCAGCUGGAAACAACCAGAAGCUGGAGAUGGCCAAAAAGCUGGCUCUCAAGAUCAACGCCCAGAAGAAUCUGGGAGCAGAAGCUCAGGAUGUGAUGCAGCAGGCCACGAACGCCAUUUUGCGUGGAGGACCCAUUGUCAGUCCAUCCGUGUCGGCCAAGACCAUUGCAGAGCAGCUGGCAGAGAAGAUCAACGCUAAGCUGAACUACACACCUGUGGAGAAGCUGGAGGAGGAGAGGCAGUCAGCCGAGCAGGCCGAGACCGUCAGGAGAUACGAAGAAGAGCUGGAGAUCAAUGACUUCCCACAGACGGCCAGGUGGAAGGUGACUUCCAAAGAGGCCCUGCAGAGGAUCGGUGAAUACUCUGAGGCAGCCAUCACCAUCAGGGGAACCUAUUUCCCUCCAGGAAAAGAACCCAAAGAGGGAGAACGCAAAAUUUAUCUGGCCAUUGAGAGUGCAAAUGAACUUGCCGUACAAAAAGCUAAAACCGAGAUUACGCGGCUCAUCAAAGAAGAGCUCAUCAGAUUACAAAAUUCCUACCAGCCAACAAGCAAAGGCCGGUACAAAGUGUUGUAGGCCACAAAGCAACGCUCAGUGGAGGAAUUUCUACAACCGAAGAUCCUGUCAUCUCUCUGCUUUCAUCAAAGUCCUGCAAAAAUAUUUUAGUCUAUAUUUUAUUGAAAUACAAUCAUCUUUUUUUUUUUUUUUUAAUUCCUUACCUGUGUUCAGUAAUUUUUAUACCCAAAUAUCUGAUUCCACAUCUCUUCUCUUCUCUAAAUGUGAUGUAGACUGAUUUUCUUCUUCUCUGGUUAGAUUUAUGUACAAACAUGGAAAUACUUUUGUUCAAAAUAAAACAAAAGCUGAGCUCAGAGACCCUUAAA